AUGGGAAGGCGGCGCGCGUGGUCGUCAGAAGAGACAAACGAGCUGUACAAUGCGCUAGAUGAGUGCGUCAAAGAAGGACUCGCAUCAUUUCACCACGCGGUAGCAAAGAUUGAACAGCACCUUCUGACGACCCUCAAGAAAGAGGACACCCCUCUGAGCGAGAAGGAAGUCAAGACGAAGCUGUACGGGUCGGGCAAGAAAGUCGGCGUCAGUGCCGAGAAGCUUGUUACAGAAUGGCGUCGGCAUCGUCAACAGUUCGUUGCAGAAGGCCACCAGCGGCAAAGCGCAACUUAA